AUGGGGCUCAUAGCUCCCUAGGGGGGCGGCAACGCCGCCCCUUAGACAAAGUUCAGUCUCCCAGAAGUUUUCACCAGCUGGCCCCACGGCUGCUGGUGGUGCUGCUCCCACUGCUGGGCGUGCUGAGGGCCCGGCCGAGCCAGAGGACAUCAGCAUCAGGGGUGACAAGGAGUCAGGGAAACCGGAUGGGCAGGAAACCAGGAUGCUUGCAGAAUCCCUGACUCAGGUUUAGGGGAGCAAAAAUCUGUAACAGAAGACCUCCUCCUGGCUGGAGGACCACCGAGGGCAAGGUUCGGACAGAAAUCUGGGUCAGAGUUCCUCACUGCUGAAGUGCCUUGUGAAACACAGCUCACAGCUCAGAGGAACCCUCAUUGGUCCCAUGGGCUGUGUCUUCCUCCCUAGUGCACCCAGAUGACUGAUGCUGUCCUUCAGCUCCCAAGAGGCAGCUCUGAUUCUCCAUCCUUAUACAUCCCUCAUCAAUGGCUGACUGCAAAGUGAGAGGCCAAGUUUAGACCCAAGCUCCCACCCAAACACUCAGAGAGCCUAGUGCUACAGGGCUGGGGGUCUCCUUGUCCUGCCACCAACAGCUACACCAACCCUGGGCUGGAGCCACACUUGCGCACAGAAGGCCCUGAUUUCUCAGGCAGGUCUGGCCUCUGAGAUACUGGUCCUGAUUCUGCCAGGUCUCUCGUCUCUGGUCUUGAGGCCGCAGCCCCUUCUGAUUCAAGGCGAUGUUGCCUCAAAACAAGGACCAGGUGCUGCUACAGAACGCAGCGCCCCCUGGGCACCCCUCUCUGGGCCCCUCUCAACUUGUGCACUCCCCACCCAGCAACCUACAGCCUCUGCCUCCCCCGCGACCACCCCCUCUCUUCCACUCCCCUUGCUCCCCUCCACCAGGGUCGCACUCUCCAGGCUCCCAUUUCUACUCUUCUGACUCAAAUUCUGACUUUAUCCUACACCCUUACUCUUCCUCUCUCCCAAGUUCCCCCAGUUUCUUUCAUCAGAAUUACCUCUCUCUUUCCUGCCCCCCGUCUUCCUCGCCCUCCCACCAGCUACACUCCUCCCCUACUCACACGCAUUCCUCCUCUCCCUCUCAGCUACAGAACACCUCUCUCCCCCACUCUCAUUGCCAGUCUCCUUCCCCCACAGGAGACCGCCCUAGCUCCACCGUCACUUCCCCGACCCUCAGCCUACCUUCUGGUGGGGUCCACUCAAACAGACAGACAUCGCCUUGGCAUCAGUACGGGGACACCAGCUCCCCUGGGGCGGUGGGGGAAUGCGUGGCAAGCGAGAGGGACCCUGCAGAGUUCAGGGACCCAGGAGCCCUGGCCCAUGCCCUGGUGGCCCAUCUGGGGCACCGGCGCAUUGCACACGACCUGCGGCUCCUGCUUUUGCAGCGCCUGUGGCUAGGGAGAACUGGCCAGGCCCCAGUUGUAGAAUAUCCCAUUUGCCUGGUGUGCCUCAAGCCGCGCAGCCCCUCUUGCCCCAUCCCCAGGUACAGGACUGGACCCCGGCUGCUUGCCUUCCCCCAGCUACUGCCCUGUGCACAGGGCCAGGAAUCCGGACCACUCCGCAUAGGCAUUGGUUUUGGCCUCCGCCUGCCUCGGGGCCAGGCCAGGGCCUUGCAUCUCUUGCCAGAAAGAAGGCCAGAGGAAGCAGGGCCUCAGGGCAAGGCUGCUCGGGCCCAUGGAUAUCAAACCCGAGCAUCCCAGUCUCCAGCAGCUCAAGCAGCAGGGGCUCAGGCGCGGGCCCAUCCAGCCCGGGGCACAUCCUCCGAGGCCAUGAGUCUCAGAUCUACAGGCCUUCAGUCACCAAACUCUAUGCGCUUUUCAGGGCCUCUACCUCAGGCACCCAAACAAGCCACUGUCUCCCUGAAACCCAGGCCCUUCUCUGUGUCCAUGGGGCCUGCCUCUCCAGAGCCCAUUCUCCAAAAGUCACCACCCUAGUUCCAGAGCCGAGGAGGCUCUCUGGAGCACCUCCUCCGAACCCCGCUGCCCCCACCAGGCCCCAGAUCUUAGGGAGUCCCCGAGACACCCUGAAGGGCUGGCUGGCAGGAGGUCAGGUGUGUUCUCCAGCCUUGAACCCUGGGAGCCCCUUAUGGAGUCUGCUCUCUCCUGGCUGAAGAGGAUGAAGGGCACCUUAGACCCCAUUCAGCCUGUAGUGUAUCAAUAAAGCCCGACCCUGCAAAA